CCUUCAUAUUUCUAUAUAUGAGUAUGAGACUUUAGAGUCUACAAAACGUAAAACAAAAUUGUCAAUCUACGUUUCUCAUACAAUGCCAAGAUUUCAACUUCUGUUUUCUUUCACCAUCCUUGCUGCAACGAUAACCUUCUUCAAUGUAGCUUCAGCUCACGUAAAAAUAAAACCUGUUUUACCGCAGAUUCAAGAUCCAACGACUGUGAAAGAUGUCGAGUCUUAUACCAUUAAAGUUGUGACAAAUUUCCUGGCAGACCUCGAGAAGGAAUGUCCUAAAACAGAGAAGUUUAAGGCCUUCUUCGAAAAACUUAAGGCGUAUUCCAAAUAUGUGUGCCCGGUCUCUAAAGCGAGAGGCUACGAAUCUGACAUGAAGGCCAAAGCUGGUAGCCUUUUUGAGGCAAUCUCAGCUCUCAGUUCUGUUGAAAACAGAUCUAGAGGAGGUCAGGUGAAUAUGAGUCUACAACGGGAAAAAACGGAAGCCAUGAACACCGUUAAAUUACUGCAAUCUAUUGGUGAGAAGAUUUCAAGUGGGCGGAAUAACAAACCAGAGAAACUAACUGUCGAACAACAGAAAGAAAUCAAAGAUGGGAUCUUAAAAUGGAUUCAAGUAAUUACUCGAAUCGCAAAGACAGGCGAAGAAAUCAACUCUGAAGCUUCAUCAAAAUCUCAAACAAGGCAAGAUAACAAAGGAGAGGAGGAAUCUUCAACACAAACACAAACACAUACCAAAAGAAGAAGGCAGAGAGAAAAGGCUCAAAUCACAGCGUUACCGAGAGGUAGUCGCGUGACUAAAGCACGAAAAUUUUCUCUGAGACGUUUCUUGCCUCUCGGCUCUGUUUUUUUGUCUUGCCUCUCGGCUCUGUUUUUUUCUCGCCUCUCGGCUCUGUUUUCCUUCUUCACUGAAGAUGAACCAAGUGGUGAGGGUUCGUCUGCCACUGACCCGUCUCCUUGUCCGGAACCUUCUCCACCAUCUUCUCCUCCUCCGUUGGAACCUCCUCCACGAUCUUCCUCUCCUACUCCAAUAGUUGCUCCGGUUCCGGAUAACCCGCCUCAUGAUGAAUUGGGCAAAGGCAAACGUUGGAAAAUUCAGAAUGUCCGUCUUCAUGAUUAUGAGGUUGGCAAUGCGAUUAUUGCUCCUCCUUCGUCUCUCCCUCCCUCUUCACCCGUUCCUCAGCCAUCCUCCGAUCAGGUAUAUCCUAUCUCUGAUUAUCUCUCAUAUGACAAGUUCUCUCCGCAACAUAGAUGUUUCUUGACAGCACUUUCAGCCCAUGUUGAACCACGUUCUUUUCAAGAGGCCAUGCAACAUGAAGUGUGGCGUUCGGCUGUUAGUUCUGAGUAUGAUGCUUUACAACGUCAACAUACCUGGGAUAUGGCUGAUUUACCUCCUAAUAAGAAAGCUCUUGGUAGUAAGUGGGUCUUUACUAUUACGCAUCGGUCUGACGGUACGAUCGAACGACAUAAAGCUUGA